CUGAGCUGCCAAAAGCUUGUCAAACUCUGUAUUUUAACACCUUGCGCUCCAAGCCAAUAAAUUUCCAAAGUAAACCUCACAGAAAGCUCUGGAACCAUUAGAAUUUCCCCUCUUUUCCCUCUUAAAAACCCCCACUCUCCUCCAAUCCACUCCUACGCCUCCUCCUCCUCUCUCUCUCUCUCUUUCUCUCUCGUCAACGUUUAUAUCCGAUACCUAAUUCUUCAAUAAAAUCACCCAAGAAAACCAAGAAUUUGCAGAAACAUUCAUGGGUACUUUGGUGGGUCAUGUAGCUCCAGGCUUUGCCUUCUUUUUUCUUGGUUUUUGGCACUUGUUUAAUCAUAUCAGACUCCAUGCUCAACAACCCAAAUCUUAUACCUCUUCUCCUUGGUUUCCAACCUCAAAAUUUAGGUACAUAGAGCUUUUCUUGAUUAUGAUAGGGAGCUCUAUCUCUGUAUCUAUGGAGCUGUUUAUUGGUCCUAAGAGACACCAACCCUUUGAUCCUGAUGGAACCAUACCAUCAAACCAUCUUCAUAACUUUGAGCACUCUUCGAUAUCAAUGACUUUCUUUGUAUAUGCAGCUUUUGCAAUUGUUCUUGAUAAAAUUGGGCCAAAGGCUCAAUAUGGUUUAACUCAAUUUCUUGCAGCAUUAGCCUUUGGGCAACAGCUUUUUCUGUUCCAUCUUCACUCAGCUGACCACAUGGGUGUCGAAGGUCAAUACCACUUACUUCUCCAAAUUGUCAUAGUUGUUUCUCUAGCCACCACUCUCAUGGCUAUUGGGCUUCCUAAGAGUUUCAUGGUCGGCUUUGUUAGGUCUUCAAGUAUUAUGUACCAAGGUGUGUGGCUUAUAACCAUGGGGUAUGUGCUUUGGACACCAUCUUUAGUACCCAAAGGUUGCUUUAUUCACUUAGAGGAAGGUCAUCAAGUGGUUAGAUGUUCAGGGGAGGAGAGUCUACACAGGGCUAAAUCACUAGUCAACAUUCAAUUCAGCUGGUUCUUAAUUGGAAUUACCAUUUUUGUGAUGUGCUUCUAUUUGGCCAUGCUCAAAUUCUAUGGUGAACAAAAAAUUGAGUACUCAUCUUUAACAAAAGAAGAUCAGCAGUUGCUAGAAGAAGACUCAGAUGAUGUUGAAUCACAAAAGGGACCCAGCAAAUCAAACAGUUUUAUGCAUAUAGGAAGAAGCUUUGCCCCAGUUGACAUGGAAAGGUAAGAAGAAGAAGAAGAAGAUAGCGGAGAGUUUGAAAGUGAAAUGUGAUUAGGUAUGUGUACAAAUUUAAUACUAGGUUGCUUGGUGGGGUCCCACACUCUUUGUUUAAUUAAGCAUUCAAUAGUGUUUGGUUAAUGAAAAAACAACGACGUGGGAAGAAAGUGUGCUAUUUAUUAGGUCGAAGUUGGCGUGAAAUUAUUUGGCUUGUAUUGAUUUAUGGGUCUUAGAGCUUCAUUUUUUUUUUUUUUUUAAUUCAUUGAUAUUGUCUCUUAUGUAUGGGGAAAAAAAAAAAAAAUUCUCUUGAGACCACCAACUGUUAAAAGGAAAUUGUUGAUUUCAUUUAUACAUUCUUUGCA